AUGCAUACGUGUACAGGUGUGAAUGCGUUUGUUGGCCCCGAAGGCUUGUGUGCAGUCGAAGCCAGGUUGGCAGCGGCAUGGAACAUUCCAAUGUUUUCUUUUAGAUGUAGAGAGUCGACGGUAUCGAAUAAGGAGGGUCUGUACCCGACGUUCGUGCGGACCAUCCCAUCGACAUCCAAAGUGUCAAAAUCUCUGAUCAGCAUCAUGAAACAUUUCAAGUGGGAGACGUUCCAGGCGAUCGUUGACAAAGACCCAAUAUGGGAGGAGGCUGCUGGCACCCUCAGACAACUGGCUGAAGUUCAUACGCUGAAGAUGAAUCCGGACGUAUCGAUAGAGCAAUCGAAAUUAACUGUCGAAAUCAUAGCUGAUAUUCUUGAUAAAACUUACAGGAGCACCCGAAUUUACGUCAUUCUUGGUGAAUACAAUGCCAUCAUCUUAUUUAUUUUCAUUAUAAACAACAAAAUAAUUAUUAAGAUGAUUAUGAACUUAUUUGACAAUAAUGACGAUGAUAAUAAUAAUAAAAAUAACAACAUACUGAUUUGUGAAAGAAUUUGCUACAAAAAACGAUCAGUCAAAGCAACAUGCACACGAACAAUCAAUCAAACAAAUGAAAAUUAUGAUGACAAAGUUUGGGAAGACGUUAUUCCGAUCUUUGCUUCCUACUUAUACGAUGCAGUUAAUUUGUACGCGCAGGCAUUUAAGAAUGCCCUAUCAAGAAACAUUGACCUCAAGGACGGCACUGCCAUCGUCCAGCUGAUCACUAAGAAAAUAUACAAAAGCAUUCAAGGAAACAGCAUGUUCAUAGACGCACACGGCAACGCUGAAGCCAACUACACGGUUCUUGCUCUCCUGCCAGACACGGAAGAUGACUACGAUGACAACGAUGAGGACAGGUACAAACUUCAAAUCGUCGGACACUUCAUCACGCAUGAGACUCAACUGCCGGAAUUCGAUCCGAUAGCAGAAAUUCCUUGGAUCGGUGGCAAGGUGCCAGUCAGUGAGCCGCAGUGUGGAUUUGAUGGGAGCAAGUGCCAGAUGCAGUCCCCCUGGUUCAUAGCUGUAAUCUGCAUAGUGGCGGCAUCUAUCAUCAUCAUUGCAUUCGUCUUUGCUUGCAGACACUACAUAUACGAACAAAAACUGGCCAGUCUAAUAUGGAAGAUUGAUUAUAAGGACCUCUUUAUUGUCAACAUGGAAAGCGAUAUUUCACUUUGUGAAAAAAAACUACCAUUUGGAUUGUUGGCAACACAACUGAAUGAAACAAAUGGAGAAAGUGGAUGGCUGCCAAAGUUCAAGGUUGUUCAAUACAAAAAACAAACAGUUGCCAUCAAAAUUCUGCCCAGGAGGCACACGGAAAUCAAUCGGUUAUCGAAGAAAGAGCUGCACCAAAUGAAGGAGUUGUCGCACGACAACAUCAAUCGCUUUAUAGGCGCAUGUAUCGAGCCUCUCUUUGUUGUCAUUGUCAUGCAUUAUUGCUCUAGAGGCAGUUUAAGGGAUAUAUUAUACAAUGAAGACAUACAUUUAGACGAUAUGCUGGUUGCUUCUCUAGUUUUUGACCUCAUCAAGGGGAUGAUGUACCUACAUGAUAGCAGCUUGAUAUACCAUGGUAGGUUGAGACCGUCAAAUUGUUUGGUGGAUAGCAGGUGGGUCCUUCAGGUUUCUGAUUUUGGCCUGAGCAUGUUCAGAGAUGACAAUGCAAACAACAGAAUGAUUGAUGCACAGACCGUUGCUAAAAUGUUGUGGCAAGCUCCUGAAAUUUUGCGGGCAGAGUGCAUCGGAAUUAAGGGGAGCCAGAAGGGGGAUGUUUAUUCAUUUGGAUUGAUUCUCUUUCAAAUUAUUUCAAAGAAGGACCCCUGGAGUCAUGUCAAAUAUAAUGAUUAUGAAGUCCUGAACACAAUUUUGAACCCGGUCGAUGGCGCUCACUUGAGGCCUGACACAUCUUCCCUCACCUGUCCAGAAUUUUUAAUAAAAUGUAUGCACGACUGUUGGAAUGAAGACGAAUACAUCAGACCAGAUUUUAAAAUGGUUAGGAGCCGAUUGAAACCUAUGCUGACUGGAUUGAGCACUAACAUAUUCGAUAACAUGUUGGCGAUCAUGGAGAAAUAUGCAAACCGCUUGGAAUCUCUGGUUGAAGAACGAACAGUUCAAUUAGCCGAAGAGAAAGUGAAGCUAGCUGAAGAGAAGAAAAAAACAGAAACCUUACUUCUCUCUAUGUUGCCGGUAUCAGUGGCGGAGCAAUUAAUAAAAGGUACUGAAGUUAUACCGGAGCAAUUUGAAUGUGUAACAAUCUAUUUUAGCGAUAUCGUCGCAUUCACCAAACUUUCCGCUGAAAGUACACCUAUGCAGGUUAUAGUUGACAUGCUGAACGAUUUAUACACAACAUUCGACACAAUCAUCGGCAACUACGACGUAUACAAAGUGGAAACCAUCGGCGAUGCGUACAUGGUGGCCAGCGGUCUCCCAAUCAGAAACUGCGACAGACACGCCGGAGAGAUCGCCUCAAUGUCCUUGCACCUCCUCAAAACCAUAUCAGACUUCCAAAUAAAACAUAAACCCGGUCACACAAUAAAACUCAGGAUUGGAAUCCACUCAGGACCUGUGGUUGCUGGCGUAGUCGGUCGGAAAAUGCCGCGCUAUUGUUUAUUUGGUGACACCGUCAACACAGCCUCAAGAUUAGAGACGACAGGAGAAGAAAUGAAGAUACAUUGCAGUGUUGACUGUAAAACGAUAUUAGAGAAGCUCGGUGGGUACAAGUUAGAAUUAAGAGGGAUGACAUCAUUGAAAGGACGAGGUGAAAUGAUAACAUAUUUUGUG